ACCAGCCAAAAAUCCAUGUCAACAUUCUCAGGGCAAGAAUUAUCUUUACAAUAUAAAUAUGAAAAAUUAAUGGAUUGGACGCUUAACCUUGCUUUUUGCCCAGCUCUUCAAUCUCAUUUGUAUUUUUGUGUCUUCAGACCCACACCAGUUAUCCGCUGGAUUAAAGAAGGAGGAGAACUACCCACUAACAGAACAUUUUUUGAAAAUUUUAAGAAAACUCUGAAGAUCAUAGAUGUUUCUGAAGCUGAUUCUGGAAAAUAUAAAUGUAUAGCAAGAAAUACAUUAGGUUCCACUCACCAUACCAUUACAGUAACUGUCAAAGCUGCUCCAUACUGGAUCACAGCCCCUAGAAACCUUGUGUUGUCUCCUGGAGAGGAUGGAACCCUGAUCUGCAGAGCUAAUGGCAACCCCAAACCGAGUAUUAUCUGGCUAAGAAACGGAGUAUCCAUAGCAAUUGCUCCAGAAGAUCCUAGCAGAAAAGUUGAUGGGGAUACCAUUAUUUUCUCUGAUGUGCAAGAAAGUUUGAGUGCUGUUUAUCAGUGCAAUGCCUCUAAUGAAUAUGGAUACUUGCUGGCAAAUGCAUUUGUGAAUGUUUUGGCUGAGCCUCCAAGAAUUCUGACUCCUGCUAAUAAAUUAUAUCAAGUCAUUGCAAAUAAUCCUGCGUUGCUAGAUUGUGCUUUUUUUGGUUCACCUGUUCCUGAAAUUGAAUGGUUUAAGGGAGUAAAAGGGAGCAUCCUGCAUGGAGAUCUUUAUGUUUUCCAUGACAACGGAACUCUGGAAAUUCCUGUGGCACAAAAGGAUAGUACUGGCACAUAUACCUGUGUAGCAAGGAAUAAAUUAGGAAAGGUACAAAAUGAAGUCCAUCUGGAAGUGAAAGAUCCAACAAUGAUUAUUAAACAGCCUGAAUACAAAAUCGUUCAAAGGGCUGGCCAGGUUUCCUUUGAGUGUACUAUAAAACACGAUCGUACCUUAAUACCAACUAUUACAUGGUUGAAGGAUAAUGGUGAACCGCCAGAGGAUGAAAGGUUUAUUAUUCAUAAAGACAGCUUGGCCAUUAUGAAUGUAACCGAUAAGGAUGAUGGAACCUAUACAUGUGUAGCAAACACCACCCUGGACAGUGUUUCUGCAAGUGCUGUACUCACUGUUGUUGCUGCUACCCCAACUCCAGCUAUCAUUUACGAUCGUCCAAAUCCACCCUUUGAUUUAGAAUUAACAGAUCAGCUAGAAAGAAGUGUACAGCUGUCCUGGAUACCAGGAUAUGACAAUAACAGCCCUAUUACAAAUUUUGUUGUUGAAUAUGAAGAUGGAAUGCAUGAACCAGGGAUAUGGCAUUACCAGACAGAAGUCCGUGGAACUCAGACAACUGUUCAGUUAAAGCUGUCUCCAUAUGUUAACUAUUCAUUCCGUGUAAUAGCUGUCAAUGAGAUUGGUAGAAGUCAGCCAAGUGAAGCAUCUGAACAAUACCUGACAAAAGCUGCAAAGCCAGAUGAAAAUCCUUCCGGUGUUCAAGGGAUAGGAUCAGAACCUGAUAAUUUGGUGAUUACAUGGGAGCCUUUGAAAGGCUUUCAGUCCAAUGGACCAGGUCUUCAAUACAAAGUCAGUUGGCGUCAAAAAGAUGUUGGUGAUGAGUGGACUUCUGUUAUAGUUGCAAAUGUUUCCAAAUAUAUUGUAUCUGGUACACCAACCUUUGUUCCAUAUGAGAUAAAAGUACAGUCUUUAAAUGACCUAGGAUAUGCACCAGAACCUGCAGAGGUGAUUGGACAUUCUGGGGAAGACUUACCAAUGGUUGCUCCAGGCAAUGUGCAGGUGCACAUUGUUAACAGCACAUUAGCAAAGGUGCACUGGGACCCAGUUCCACUAAAAACUGUCAGAGGACACCUUCAAGGAUACAGGAUUUACUACUGGAAAGUCCAGAAUUUAUCUAAAAGAAGGCGACGACAUGUGGAGAAAAAGAUUCUGACAUUCAGUGGAAACAAGACACAUGGCAUGUUACCAGGACUGGAGCCUUAUAGUUCUUACAAGCUGAAUGUUAGAGUUGUUAAUGGUAAAGGGGAAGGACCAGCAAGUCCUGACAAAUUGUUUAAGACUCCUGAAGGAGUUCCCAGCUCACCUUCCUUUUUGAAGAUUACUAAUCCAACACUGGACUCUCUCACUUUGGAAUGGGGUCCACCUACUCACCCAAAUGGUGUUUUGAUAGCAUAUACAUUAAAGUUUCAACCAAUUAACAGCACUCAUGAAUUAGGUCCUUUGGUAGAUAUCAGAAUUCCUGCAAAUGAGACCAGCUUGAUAUUAAGUAAUUUAAAUUACAGCACACGAUACAAGUUUUACUUUUAUGCCCAAACAUCAGUUGGAUCUGGAAGUCAAAUAACUGAGGAAGCAGUAACAAUUAUGGAUGAAGCUGGUAUUCUUCCUCCUGCUGUAGGUACAGGCAAAGGAUAUUCAGAAACCCUUUUUGCAACCUUCCCUGUCAUACAUACUGUCCAUCCAACAUUCUAUAAGGUGCGACCAGUAUAUCCAAGGAUCAGAAAUGUUACUGCAUCUGCUGCUGAGUCCUAUGCCAAUAUCAGUUGGGAGUAUGAGGGACCAGAUCAUGUGAACUUUUAUGUUGAAUAUGGUGUAGCAGGCAGCAAAGAAGAUUGGAAAAAAGAAAUUGUAAAUGGUUCUCGGAGCUUCUUUGUGUUAAAGGGUUUAACACCAGGAACGGCAUAUAAAGUCCGGGUUGGUGCUGAGGGUCUGUCUGGUUUUGUGAGUUCAGAGGAUGUGUUUGAGACAGGUCCAGCAAUGGCAAGCCGGCAGGUUGACAUUGCUACUCAAGGAUGGUUCAUUGGCCUUAUGUGUGCUGUGGCUCUUCUUAUUUUGAUUUUGCUGAUUGUUUGCUUCAUAAGAAGGAAUAAGGGUGGCAAAUAUCCAGUGAAGGAAAAGGAAGAUGCACAUGCUGAUCCAGAAAUACAGCCAAUGAAAGAAGAUGAUGGAACAUUUGGCGAAUACAGGUCUCUUGAAAGUGAUGCAGAGGAUCAUAAACCUCUAAAGAAAGGAAGCCGAACACCUUCAGACAGGACUGUGAAAAAGGAGGACAGUGAUGAUAGUUUAGUUGACUAUGGAGAAGGUGUAAAUGGUCAGUUUAAUGAGGAUGGCUCCUUUAUUGGACAAUACAGUGGUAAAAAAGAGAAAGAACCUGCAGAAGGAAAUGAAAGUUCUGAGGCUCCUUCUCCUGUCAAUGCCAUGAAUUCCUUUGUUUAAUCAAGAAACUCGAUUCCCUUCCUUCAAUAUUUUCCAUUGUGUUUAAAGCACUUGUGCAUAAUCUUCAUACUAAGAACAUGCAGGUGACAAAGCUCCUACGGACAAGAUGUUUAUACUAUGAGAACAUAUAGGUCAAUACAGUUAUACACUAUAACAACACAAGUAAGUGAUAUGUUAGUAUGAAUCAAAGUGCAAAACUCAAAAAAUUUUGCUCAGAACUUGAGUAUUUUUGCUUUUUAAAAAAAGGAACUGACAAAAACAACAUAACAGCAUCUGAUAAUGUUAUUUCCUGUCAAAAAUACUGUAUAAUGCAUGAAAAAUGCUACACAUUUCACAGAUAAACCUGUGUAUGCUAUUAAAAUCUGGUUUGAUAUUUUGUUAUGCAGUCCUCAGAUAAAUCCCUGGAUAUGAAUUCCAUUUUCAUUGUCAGAGUGAUAUAGUAGUAUUAUAUAGAACUUCAAUGUCUUUGUGGACAUUGUUGUGAAAUUGGUGACUUUAAUGUCUAGCUAUCAUAUGUCUUUUUGCAAGACAACUAGGAACAGUAUGUAUGGUAUAUAAUUGCUAAAUGAUUUAAUUAUGACACUUGCAUUUGCUGAUGCUUACUGAGACCCUGUUAUCUGCUCUUUAUUCCUAUUACUUUCUAGCCUUCCUAAUCUAUCAAGUAUUACAGCACUACAGUGUUCUAUUUUUACAUCGUAUAUAUGUUGGAUUGAUUUUUAAACAUAAAACAUAAUGCAUUGCAAUGCAUUUGGAAUUUGUACAGUCACUGAAGUGAAAUUUUAAAAUGAGAGAAAAUAUUCCAGAAAACACAGGGCGAAAUACAUUCAGUGCCUUUAUAGAAUAUGCAUUCCAUAAUGCACUGCACUACUAAGUCAGUUGGUGCAGUAAGCUGUGAUUAGCGAACUAGUAUUAUUGCCAAACAAAAUAACUCAGUAAAAAGCAGAGAUGUUAUGAAACUGUUGUGCUGCAAAAUGCAAGGGUUAACAUUUUUUAAAAUUACACAAAGCACAAUUUGAUUUUCUUCCUUGAAGAUAAAAUAACAGCUUUUAGACAAUUAGAGCACAACAUGAUUUCACAGCCUUGCACAGUUUAUACAAAAAUGGCUGCAUUCAGAUAUUUUACUAAUACUGCAAAACCUAAAAAUCUCUUGUAAAAUAUGUUUAAAAAUGCCAUGCCAGCAACAGCACAUUCUCCUUUGAGUCAUUGCUUGACCCAUGCGGCAGCUUCUGAAAUUAUCUACAGCAUGAAAGCAAAGUAUAGAUUACUACUCAGAACCACAAAAUUCAAGCUAGCUGACAAAUGCCAGCAACGUUUAGUGACAAAAAAUUACUGUUAUCAGUUGCAAAAAUAUUAUCUCACAUACUAUAUCAAUCAAACGGUUUACUUCCAAAUAUGAAAUUUUAUAACAACCUAUGGUUGAAGGAAUGCUCAGUUUCAUUUGCCAAUAAAUUGGUUUUUCAUAACUUGCAUCAAGUUUAAUUUUAAGUAUGCUUUUUAUAUGUAGAUAUGUGUUGAAUUUGUAAAUACACUUAAAGUGUAGAUGCUAUAUGCUUCUAGUUGUUCCAAACAAAUAAAACAAAAAAGCCUAUGUUGUACUGUGUAAGAAGUACUAUAGCCAAUGAAGUGCAUGGUAUUUUAAAGCAUCUACUUAAACAUAUAUUUUGCUGUGAAAACGAAAUAGUGAAUUGUUAUACUUACUGCAGAUUUCUAGAUAUCUUAAGAGCUUGUGUCCGUGGAUUACAUUAGACCAUAGUACACUUUCAAGCUUUUAUGGAUGUGUUGUAGUAAAGUACAAUUUGAACUAAUCACAAAUGGAAGUCAACCAUAUAAGCUUCUUUUGCACCAUUAAGCUUUCCGUAAUCCAUUUUCCUCAUGGAAACAAAAAUAAAAAAAGCACAAAGAGAGUUUCUUAAUAAGAUUUCCCAAUGAUAUUGGUAACAAUAAAGUGAAAUUUUAUUCUUCUUUAAUUGUAGAUGCUGAAUUUAUCUGUGCAUGUAAGGGUACACAUACAGGCUCACUUCUGUAAUAGUGCAACAGAUUUUGUAUUAAAAUAAAUGUGGUUUUAAAAUGU